ACUUCCUUUCGGUCCGGCUCUGCAUAUCAAAGGUGCGAAUUUAGUCAUUAAAUUGCCAAAUUUUCCAUUUGCAUUCUCUAAAUCAUUCGUUUGGUAAAAAGAUGGCAGACUUAGAUGAUUUCUUUGCCAAAAAAGACCGCAAGAAGUCCAAAAGUACAAAAAAAUUUGCUACCACUGAAGAAGUUGCCAAGAAGCUAGAAGACACUGCAAAAAAGACUGAAAAAUUAAAGAAAGAACGUGUUAAUGAGGGCGAAGAUAGUAUAGUUACUGAACAAGACCAAGACGAAUGGAAGGACUUUGAGGAAGAAAAGAAAGACUACACAGGGUUGAAGAUAGGAAACUUAACCAUCGGUCAAAAUUCGGAAAGCAGUACUACGGGAGCUAAAGAAACCACCGAACAGCAACAAGAAGAUGAGCCUGGACAAGAUGUAGAAAAGAAAUCUGGACCUUGGAAACGCAUCGACGUCGGUGAGGCGGAAGUGGAGAAAGUUGAAUAUAAACCGGAACCGAUACUUCCUAAUGUAUCUAAGACUGGCACUUAUAUACCCCCAAGUUUACGAUCUUCAGGACAAACCCAAGUUCAAAGUACUAGGCUGAAUAGAACAAAAGCUGCUCCAGAUAUCCAUAACGAAGAAUUUUUCCCAUCUCUUUCUGGUGAUCAUAAAAAAAAUCGUAACGAAGGAUCAUUUGAAGUAGUGCAGUCCAAUAGAUCGACCUCACAUAGACAAGCGGAACAAUCCAAGAUAAACUCUGCGCAAGGUCCCAGAUGGAACCUCGCCAACCGUUACAAUACUCUAAGUAACGACAGCUAGUGACGUUAAUAAUCCAUAGAGACCAAUGUGUACUGUGUCGAGAGAGGUGGCCAGCGAAAAAAUGUUACUUACGGUUGAUUGACUUAUCCAAUAACUUUGAAAAAAUCGUGUCUGUUACUUUUUUAAUGGAGACUUGAGUGGGCCCUCGAUGUUUUCUGUUUUCAAUAAUAAUAUAUAAUGAUUCCCUUUGUCAAAAAAGUUUAUUCAGCAAAUGCAGGUCGUAUUCUCGAAAAAGACACUUAAAUGCUCAUAAAAAUGAUUGUAUCUUAUUUCAUAGAUGGUAUAAUAAUUAUUCUUUGUCACGGUAUUUAUUUGAGAUUUCCAAAGGAUGUGGUUAAGAACUUGAUCAUAGUUAACGAUAUAAGGCAAAUCCAAUUUUAUUCCACUAACGUCAUUUCAGUUAAAAAUUAAUAAUUUGUUGAGUUACACCAGCAAAGCUCUUAAAACAUUCAGUUUGGAAAUUUUCUCAGGAUUUUCUAUUUUUAUUUUUCAUGUAACUUAAAAACUAUAGAAAAUAGGAAGAUUUAAUAAAUGCUUUAAUGAUAAGC